CAGCCAUGUGAAGCUGCCUACCUGGCCUGUCUAAACCCAGUUCACGGUGCUGGUGCUGUUCCACCAGAUAUAACGGUGCUAGUCCUACCUAAUAAUAUCAAGGCGAUGAGGCAUGUUUACUCUCCUCUCCCGAAUGUUAAAGUCGAGGCUCUGCAUUUCUCCACAAAAGAUAUCAGUGGUGAGCGUCUGCUUGCCAUGAUGAAAGUUGAUGAUAGUGGCCAGAUGCCAUUAUACAUGGAACUCAUCAUGUCUAUCCUUCGAGACAUGGACGAAUUCGACUAUGGGGCAUUUCAGGAGGCUCUAACUCUGCAUAAACUCAGCAAGCAGCAGAAAGCAAUGCUCAACCUUCGACUUGCGUUAUUGGACUCGUGCUUGAAGGGGGGAGAUGAAACAAAUAGCGUGUCUACGCACUUCUCCCAGGGAAUGUUGACGAUUGUGGAUCUGUCGUCGCCUUUUAUGGACGCUUCAUCCGCUUGUGGUUUCUUCGACAUUAUUCUUGGCCUAUUCUUGGAGGUGGACGUUAAGACUGGGAAGCUGAUUGUUCUAGAUGAAGCGCAUAAGUAUCUAACAGAUACAGGUAGUUCAACACGACUAACCGACUCUCUGCUUACCGUCAUCCGUCAGCAACGCCAUCUCAAUACACGUGUCAUUAUCUCAACUCAAGAACCGACUGUUGUUCCAUCUAAGUUCCUUGAACUUAGCUCGUUCGUCAUUGCUCAUCGCUUUUCCUCCCCACAAUGGCUUCAUCACCUAUCCGCACAUGUCUCGGCUGCACAAGUGAUGAAAGAUGAACUGUUCGCAAAGGUGAGUUCAGAUCUCUCAUAUCUCCUCUGGCUUUGA